UGAGUCAAACGUGAUGGCGCAAAUAAUUUUUCCCCGCUGAAAUGGUUGUUUAUCGAUGGAAAAUUGAAGGCUUCGUUUUCAAAAUCGCGUUAAGAGGCCCAGGUCUUCGGUUUCUCUCAAUAUGUUGUGUUGUGAAUUUUUGCUGGGGGUGCUAAUUUCAGUUACUUCGAUUUUUUCGGUGGCCUCGUGCUUGGAGGGAUCAACCAGUGUAUCAACUAUAAUCUCCUCGAACGAAAAGGAUGGACACGAACCGAGGACUAUCUUGAUUGUAUCCGAGCCAGGUCUCGAACCAUCGAGCGACCCUCAUCCUUCCCUGGUUCCCAGAGGCGGAAGCCAAACUUCCACCGCCGCAAUACCCGACAAAUGGAGACAGGGCGUAGAGCAGGCUAUGACCAGCGGGCGACUGCCGAUCGGCAAAGUUGACCCCAACGAAAUUCCGGGCAUAUUCCAAAAAAUAUACUCGCAAUGCGCGUCGUCCGCAGGCAAUGGUCAGCCGUCGGACAAGCAACUCACUCAGUGCAUCAUCAACGAAGCCAUCGAGAAAUUGCCGGCCAAGCCUCACGUCAAAAACGUGGCCAGAGCCGUGGUAUCCGAUCUGAUCAACAAAAAAGGGCAGGGAUUCUACACGGUGAAAAGCGUGCUCGAAGCGAGCGCCCUCUGCAGCGAGACAACGCAAGAAGGAGUCGUGUCCCAGCAAGAACUCUCCAAAUGCUUCUUCAACCUCCUGACUCAACUCCACCCGCUCAAGGACCUCGCAAUCCCCGCGUUGAAAAAAACCAGGGCGUACGGUUUCUUCCAAAAUGUCGCCAGGACUUGCCACGACGCUAUGCCGAAAACGGUCUCGACCAGGAGGGACAUAAACAGAUAUUACUUGCAGUGUUUCAUCGAUACGGCCAGUGCUAGGUUCAACAAUAAUUUACUGGUUAAGUACGGCCGCAAAUGGCUUACGUACUACAUCGAUCACCCGGACUCCGUGUUCAACCGAGAGAGAAUCAUCGAGAUCGCCGAGUCUUGCCAAGACAGAUCGAGCGGCCUCCCUGCGAACAAGAAGAGGUCGGCCGCUUUCUUCUGUUUCUUUCAGUCUCUGCUCUCGCUUCAUCCGCGAACGAAAUGGCUCGCGGAGAAUUUGCUACGGUGGCAAGCUACACACCCACAAAAAGAGGGCGACAAAGCGCUCUCUUCAGGCGAGUCGACAACUUCCGAGCGUCAAAGUCGGAGCAUCAUGCCGAUGCUCAGUCGAAGUGGCAGCGGCUCGCUAGGGAGGGAAUCCAUCAAGGAUUGUAUGAUGAGGGCAGUGACUACGCUUCCUAUCGCGCAGCAGAUCCUGGGUUCGGUCACGGGACUCACGGGGGCAGUCGGCAGUGUCAUGAGCAGGUUUCCGAAAGUUGGCUCGCUCUUCGGACGAUCUUUGCCCUCGUUGACUUCUUUGACUAACAGCGCUCCGGAUGAAACCACCCUGAGAAAAUUCGUUGAAGCGGCUACUCCUUGCUUCCGUUUCUUCAAAAGGGAUGAGAGCGGGAAACUCGUUCUGGACCAAGAAUACGCUGCCGCCACGGCCGUGGACAUAGCUAAGAUGAACCCUUCGGGCCGUUUCGCGAUAGGUGCUGCGGAAGCACUGGCUGAGAAUGUCAGUGUGACGACGGACAAGGAGGGGAAAUCUCAGUAUGACGUCAAUUAUAAAGGUUUAGGGACUGCACUGUUGAAGGCGGCUGUGAAUUCCACACCGGCGGGCAAAGCCUUGAGUAAAUACUCCGCGUUUUUGUAGGCGUUUGUGUCCCGUUAAUAAAGAUUUUUAAAAAAGAGGAAAAACAUGAA